AUGCUGGUGAAAUUGAGCCAUUUCCUGUAUUCAUUGCUUGGUUUGAUUGCAGUAAUACUUGUAGUUCAUGGCCAGGAUCAAACAGGCUUCAUUAACAUAGACUGUGGGCUACCACCUAAUUCAAGCUAUAACGAGCAGAGAACAGGCUUGUUUUACAUUUCAGAUGCAACUGUUGUGGACACAGGUGAAAGCUCUGGGACGCCGUUUAUAUCAGCGAUAGAACUAAGGCCUCUGAAUAAUACACUCUACCCUACUCAAAUGGGGUCCUUAGCACUCUUCAGGCAGUAUAAAGAUGACGUUUAUGAUCGCUUCUGGUAUCCCCAUUAUUACAGUGCAUGGACACAAGUAACCACCUCACUUACCAUCGAACCUGAAAAUGAGACUGCCUACCAACCACCAUCCAUUGUCAUGAGUUCUGCGGCAGCGCCAAAAAAUAUGACUACUUUGGAUAUUUGGUGGAUUCCCCCUGAUGAAAAUACCCAAUAUCAUGUGUACAUGCACUUCGCUGAAGUUGAAAAACUCCCAACCAACCAGUCUAGACUGUUGAGCAUUACUUGGAAUGGGAAGCCCUUCGUUACAAAACCUUUUUCUCUUAAGUACUUAACCACAACAACUGUGUAUACGAAAGAGGCUUUGAGUGGGGGACAGCAAAACUUUUCAAUCUCUCAGGUUGGAAACUCUACCCUUCCACCCAUCAUCAAUGCCUUUGAGAUUUAUACGGUCCUUGAGUUAUUGCAGGCAGAAACUAACCAAGAAGAUGUUGAGCCCAUCACAAACUUAAAGUUAACCUACGGAGUGAAGAGAAAUUGGCAAGGUGAUCCAUGUGCUCCGAAAGAGUACUCGUGGGAAGGGUUAAACUGCAGCUAUGAUGGUUAUGAGCCCCCCAGAAUCAUAUCCUUGAACUUGUCCUCUAGUGGAUUAACUGGGGAAAUAGCUCCUCCUUUAUUCAAUCUCACAAUGCUACGGACUCUGGAUUUAUCAAACAACAAUUUGACAGGACCAGUGCCAGAAUUUGUGUCUCAAUUACCAAACUUAAAAAUCCUAAACUUGGAGAAAAACAAGCUCACAGGUUCAGUUCCAGCUGGACUAAUUCAAAAAUCAAAUGAUGGUUUGCUAUCAUUAAGAGGUGGAUUUGGAACAGUUUAUCAUGGCUACAUAGAUGAUACUCAAGUAGCUGUGAAGGUGCUUUCACCUUCAUCAAUUCAAGGAUAUCAAGAAUUUCAUUCAGAGGUUAAUCUUCUCAUGAGAGUUCAUCACAGAAAUUUGACAAGCCUUGUCGGAUAUUGCAAGGAUGGAACCAAUACAGGGCUCAUCUAUGAAUACAUGGCCAAUGGAAACUUACACAAGCAUCUUUCAGAUAACACUUCAAAUAUAUUGAGUUGGGAAGACAGACUUCGAAUUGCAAUGGAUGCAGCAUAUGGAUUGGAGUAUCUACACUAUGGUUGUACACCACCUAUAAUUCACAGAGAUGUGAAAUCUACAAAUAUCUUGUUGAAUGAAAACUUUCAAGCCAAACUAUCUGACUUUGGCCUAUCAAGAAUAUUCCCUGCUGAUGAUGGCACUCAUGUAUGGACACGUGUUGCCGGAACUCCUGGGUACCUUGACCCUGAGUACUACCUAUCAAACAUGUUAAAUGAGAAAAGUGAUGUGUAUAGCUUUGGGAUUGUGUUGUUGGAGAUUAUCACAAGCCGACCUGCUUUAUCAAAGACACAUGAGAAAAUUCACAUUGGUCAAUGGGUUAGUUUCAUGGUUGAGAAAGGGGACAUUAGAAGUAUUGUCGAUUCAAGACUAGAAGGAAACUUUAAUAGCAACUCUGCCUGGAAAGCUGUUGAAGUAGCUUUGGCUUGUGUAUCUUCAAGUUCCACCAAAAGGCCAACAAUGAGUCAGGUAGUGACAGAGCUGAAAGAGUGCUUGGCUGCAGAGUUUGCUCGAAACAAGGAGAUCCGCGAUACUGAUUCAAACGAUUCAAAUGAACUGAUGUCAUUGAAAUUCACCACUGAGAUGAGACCAUUAGCUAGGUAG